AUGACAGACACAACAGACGAUAUCGCCGAGGAGAUCUCAUUCCAAAGCUUCGAAGAUGACUGCAAGUUACUCGGCAGCUUAUUCCAUGACGUGUUACAAAGGGAAGUUGGUAACUCCUUCAUGGAAAAAAUCGAACGCAUUCGGAUUCUUGCUCAGAGUGCGUUAAAUUUGCGUUUGGCUGGUAUUGAGGAUACUGCGAACCUUUUGGAGAAGCAGCUGACUAGUGAAUUAUCCAAAAUGCCACUAGAGGAAGCCUUAACAUUGGCUCGUUCGUUCACUCAUUCUCUUAAAUUGAUGGGCAUUGCAGACACUCAUCACAGGAUGCAUAAAGUCCAUAACGUUACACAACUUGCAAGAUCUUGUGAUGAUAUAUUCAGCCAGCUAUUGCAAAGUGGGAUUUCUCCAGACGAGCUUUACGAUACUGUUUGCAAACAGGAGGUGGAAAUUGUUCUUACUGCUCAUCCUACUCAAAUUAAUCGACGAACCUUGCAAUACAAGCAUGUUAGAAUUGCUCAUCUUCUUGAAUAUAACACCAGAUCAGAUCUAAGCCUUGAAGAUCGCGAAAGGCUCAUUGAAGAUUUGGUUAGGGAGAUAACUUCACUAUGGCAAACUGAUGAGCUUAGACGUCAGAAACCUACUCCAGUUGAUGAAGCUAGAGCUGGUCUAAACAUUGUUGAGCAAUCUCUCUGGAAAGCUGUACCACAGUACCUACGUCGUGUCAGCAAUUCCUUAAAGAAGUUCACAGGGAAGCCACUUCCACUAACAUGCACUCCUAUAAAAUUUGGUUCUUGGAUGGGAGGUGAUAGAGAUGGAAACCCAAAUGUCACGGCCAAGGUUACGAAAGAAGUAUCUCUCUUGUCUAGGUGGAUGGCUAUCGAUAUGUACAUAAGAGAGGUUGAUAGCUUAAGAUUCGAAUUGUCUACGGAUCGAUGUAGUGACAGGUUUUCAAGAUUAGCAGAUGAAAUUCUUGAAAAAGAUUCUGAUAGAGGCCAAUCAAAUUACUUAAACCAACAAAGUUCAUCAUCUCUGCCAUCACAGCUUCCAGCUAGAGCUCACCUUCCUUCAUGCAUUGAAUUUGGUGAAUCACAACAUACGAAAUUUGAAAUUGCUGCUACGACAGAUUAUAUGCCACCCAAUCUUCAGAAGCAGAGUAGCCAAGGCUUAUCAAAAAUCGACUCGGAGAAAGCUGACAAUGGUUCGCAGACCGGACUUACCUCCCGAGGUUCUUUCUCAUCUACUUCUCAACUUCUUCUCCAAAGGAAACUAUUUGCGGAAUCUCAGGUUGGGAAGACUAGUUUCCAAAAGCUACUAGAGCCACCUCCACUUAAACGAGCUGGGAGUGCUCCUUAUCGUAUUGUUCUUGGAGAUGUAAAAGAUAAGCUUGUGAAGACAAGAAGACUUCUUGAACUCCUAAUUGAGGGUCUUCCUUGUGAAUAUGACCCUUUAAAUUCCUAUGAAACAUCAGAUCAACUUCUUGAACCAUUGCUCCUCUGCUAUGAAUCUCUGCAAUCUUCUGGUGCUAGUGUACUAGCUGAUGGACGACUCGCUGACCUGAUCCGUAGAGUUGCUACCUUUGGAAUGGUUUUGGUGAAACUCGACUUACGUCAGGAAGCUGCAAGACAUUCUGAAGCUUUGGAUGCAGUUACAACAUACUUGGGUAUGGGUACUUAUAGUGAAUGGGAUGAAGAGAAAAAAUUAGAUUUUUUGACUAGAGAACUAAAAGGGAAACGACCUCUUGUUCCUCCAUGUAUUGAGGUUGGUCCUGACGUCAAAGAAGUUUUGGACACAUUCCGAGUCGCUGCUGAACUUGGAAGUGAAUCACUUGGAGCUUAUGUUAUAUCUAUGGCUUCAAACGCAAGUGAUGUCCUCGCUGUGGAGCUGUUGCAAAAAGAUGCUCGACUUGCUGUGACUAGCGAACAUAAAAAACCAUGCCCCGGUGUAACGCUGCGAGUGGUACCUCUUUUUGAAACGGUGAAUGAUUUAAGAGCUGCUGGUCCUUCCAUCAGAAAAUUGCUCUCAAUCGAUUGGUACAGAGAACACGUCCAAAAGAACCACAACAGUCACCAAGAGGUGAUGGUUGGAUACUCUGAUUCAGGAAAAGAUGCUGGACGUUUUACAGCAGCAUGGGAACUCUAUAAAGCUCAAGAAAAUGUUGUGGCUGCUUGCAAUGAAUAUGGAAUCAAGAUCACAUUGUUCCAUGGACGAGGAGGAAGCAUUGGUCGUGGUGGUGGUCCGACCUAUCUUGCUAUACAAUCCCAACCGCCGGGCUCUGUAAUGGGCUCUUUGCGUUCAACUGAGCAAGGUGAGAUGGUUCAAGCUAAGUUUGGGAUACCACAAACUGCUGUUAGGCAACUAGAGAUAUACACAACCGCGGUUUUACUCGCUACCUUAAAGCCUCCUCAGCCACCUCGAGAGGAAAAAUGGAGAAACCUAAUGGAAGAAAUCUCCAAAAUAAGUUGUCAACACUAUAGAAGCACAGUGUAUGAAAACCCUGAGUUCCUAUCUUAUUUUCAAGAGGCAACACCACAAGCGGAACUCGGUUUCCUCAAUAUAGGAAGCCGACCAACGCGUAGAAAGAGCUCUACUGGCAUAGGACAUCUCCGAGCUAUCCCUUGGGUCUUUGCUUGGACUCAAACAAGGUUUGUUCUUCCAGCUUGGCUUGGUGUAGGGGCUGGCUUAAAAGGAGUCUCUGAGAAGGGUCACGCGAAUGAUCUUCAAGAAAUGUAUAAAGAAUGGCCAUUUUUUCAGUCCACCAUUGAGCUUAUAGAGAUGGUGUUAGCUAAAGCAGACAUCCCAAUAACCAAACACUACGAUGAACAACUUGUUUCUGAGAAGAGGAGAGGACUUGGCACUGAGCUAAGAAAGGAACUUUUAACUACUGAGAAGUACGUUCUUGUGAUAAGUGGCCAUGAGAAACUUUUGGAGAACAAUAAGAGCUUGAAGAAACUCAUUGAGAGUAGACUUCCGUAUCUCAACGCAAUGAACAUGUUACAAGUUGAAGUUCUUAAGAGGCUAAGACGUGAUGAAGAUAACAAUAAGCUUAGGGAUGCUUUGCUUAUCACAAUCAAUGGUAUCGCUGCAGGAAUGAGAAACACUGGUUAAAA